AUGUCUCGAGCCUUUUCUACCGCCCGCGAGGCCAUUGUGAGAUGGUUGGGAUUCAACAAAGAAUUGCUCCCGCCCAAUUUCAAGCAGGCUGCCGAAGUUUAUGCAGAGAACGGGGCUGUAAAGGUUCGAUAUCGAGCUUUCGGCAAAAUUGACUCUAUCGAGAUUCUGUAUCGUAACGAUGGCACGAGUCCUGUCCACCAAUCUCACUUCAACCGCAAUGACAAGGCGCAGAUCAUCAGCGCCCGAAUCACACCAGCAGACGGAAGCGGAGCUCGAACUCACCACAUAUAUCCGGAUGGCACAGGUACCAUCAAAAAGGGCGACAGACGCGAAUAUUCCACGUCUUCCACGCAGGGAUCUUAG